AUGAUUGUAUCAAACGUGAGCCUGAGUUGCGCGGCGUUUGGUGGCGCGUGGUGCGCCAGCGGCGAUGGUCAGUUGACAGGGACCUCGACACAGCGUACUCUGAGCAAAAACGGGCAUCUAAUUGUUGCAGUAUGCCUAGGAUUUAUUGGAACAUUUGGAUUCCUCAAUAACUUGCUCGUCCUAGUUCUGUUCUGUCGCUACAAAAUGUUGCGUUCUCCCAUCAACUGUCUACUCCUGAGUAUCUCAGUCAGUGAUCUGCUGGUGUGCGUCUUGGGAACUCCUCUUAGCUUCGCAGCAAGCACGCAAGGUCGGUGGCUCAUCGGACACAAAGGAUGUGUGUGGUACGGCUUUGUGAAUGCAUGUCUUGGUAUCGUGUCUCUGAUCUCGCUGGCUGUGCUCUCUUACGAGCGCUACUGCACCAUGACGGGCACCAUGCAGGCGGACACCUCCGACUAUCGGAAGAUAGCGGCAGCCAUCGUGUUCUCCUGGAGCUACUCCCUGGCUUGGGCAGUGGCGCCCCUCCUGGGCUGGAGUCGCUAUGGCCCAGAGGGUCCUGGCACCACUUGCUCGGUGGACUGGACCACCAAGACGGCCAACAACGUGUCCUACAUCGUCUGCCUGUUUCUUUUCUGUCUCGUCCUCCCCUUUGUGGUCAUUGUCUAUUGCUAUGGGAGGGUCCUGCAAGCCCUCCGGCAGGUGAGCCACAUCAACACGGCCGUGAGUUGUAAGCGUGAGCAGCGUGUGUUGGCGAUGGUGAUCGUCAUGGUGAUGGCCUACCUGCUGUGCUGGCUGCCCUAUGGCGUGACAGCUCUGGUGGCAGCGUUCGGACCAGCCAGGCUGGUGACACCAGAGGCCAGCAUUGUCCCCUCUAUAUUGGCCAAGUUCAGCACCGUCAUCAACCCUGUCAUUUAUAUUUUUAUGAAUAAUCAGUUCUACAGGUGUUUCCUGGCCAUGUUGAAGUGUGCCCCACCUCAGAGGGGAUCCAGCGUCAAGGCCUACUCAUGGGCCACCAAGACCCUUCAGGUGGUGCAGCGGCGCACAGCCAACAGCCCCCAUGUGGUGGCCUCUGCCGUCCUCAACACCACCUGCAGCCUCGAAACCCACCGGCAGUCGUCCGAAGGAGACGAGGCCGCCGCUGACAACGCUGCCACCGCUCCCACCGCUGCCACCGCUGCCACCACUGACACCACUGACACCACUGACAAUGGACCUGUUGACACAAACAAGAACCACUGCCACCCGGCGUUGACACCUUGAGGGAAGACAGUGGGGACAACACGACACAGACAUCUCCUUUGUAGAAUGAGCAGUGCAGUGCGAGCAAUAUUGACCAUGGGGACCCAGAUUCAAGUCCUGUCUCAGUCAGUUCAAGUCAAGUCAAGUCGGUUUUAUUGUCAAUUUCUUUACAUGCAUUGGUCAUACAAAGAAUUGAAAUUACGUUUCUUACUUUCUUACAGUUCCCAACACUUCCAGAUCUCUGCCAAUACUUUCGUGUUUCUCUUGUCUCUCACUUGUCUCUCACAGUCAUAUUGUAAUAAAGGCAAAACCCCAAAAAAUAUC